GUAUGUUGGAAGCUUGGCGAAUAAAAAUCAAUUAAUCAAUUAAUCGGGGACAUUUAUUUGCGCCGAUUCGACGUGGAUAAGAGUUGGCGCUAUUCACAAAAGUAGAAAGUUCGGAAAAGUUUUCCUAAACAGCUGAUUGAGCGUUCCCAGCAACCGCGACGGUCAUAGCUGCGCUGGCGACCACCACCAGGAAUGCCGAUCAUGUAUGCUGAGCUGUGAAGUUUGUCAAAUUUAGAACAGUUUACCCUCAGUUCAGAGAGUUUGGAAUACUUUCGAACGCUCAACAAUGUUUAAGGGAAAUCGGCCCAUGAUUUAUGGUUAGAUGGACGUGCUACCGCAUUUCAAAACCAAUCAAUAAUGUCCGAUUCAAAACCAGCCAGACGUCACGCCUGUAGGCAUAACCACGGAGAGUCCACCCGCUCUACCGGGGCGGUCGUGAGGCCUAGGUGGCUUACGGCUUCUGCCUCCACGACCACGGGCGUGGGCACCGCUGGUAUACGACGAAGCAAUAAUGAAUAUGAUAUUAUUAACAAAGUGAAAAGCAAAAAACACAAAAAGUCUACCACCAGUCGGAAACGUGGAGCAUCCCCGGAGAGAAGUAGCCCUCAUGGAUUCCUUCAGCAUCUCGUUACCACGGAAACAGCACCGGCGUCACGCAGCGAUACUCUCUCUCCAUCUCAGCUCAACAUUGGAGGUAUCAGUCUGGUAGAUGAAAGGGGUGAUCAUGCUGCUGACGCUCUCUUUGUGAGGAGGAAGUCUCCCAGACACGAUGUUACUCAGGCAACACUUCGUAGGUCAAGUGGGAGACCAAAGACUGCUUCCCCAAGCAGGUCCUCAAGCAAAAGUCCAAGCAGACGUGGAAAGAGGUCACCCAGUCCGAAGAGGUCGUCAUCCAGUUCAAAGAGCCGCUCCCCUCUGAGAGCAUCGAGCGCUCCUGGCCAUCACAUAUUACCACACAACAGGAGAUCCAGCUUGGGUGAUUCCAUUCUAGAUGAGAGGAGGCAGAGCACCCCAUGGUCUAUCACUGAACUGCAAGAUGACGAAAGGAGUUUACCUGCUACCCCAGAUACCAGGGAUGAGGAUUUGACGACUCCAGAGGAUGUAACCACAGCAACAACUGAAGAUGAAGAAACAGCAGCCGAGAUAGAGGAGCGUGUUUUAAAGGAUCCUACUAAAGAGAUGAUGAGUGUUGAUGACAAUGAGGAUGACUAUGAUACCGAUCUGGAAGAAUAUUUCCCUCCGAAACCUCGAGUUAUACGUGAUGCAUCAGGCAGGCAAGUGUACAUGCAGAAGUGCAAAGAAGAAGGUGUUGACCCGGCAUCGUAUGUUCUGAGACAUUUGACAGACCCAGCCUUCCAGCUGAGGCAUAGAUACCUCGAUGCACAGAACAUUGUCCCCCUCACCAAAGCUAUGAAGAAUAAUUCCAUGAUAGAGACUCUAGAUCUGUGUGAUAACCAUUUACUGGAUGACAGUGGAAUUGCUAUUGCCACUAUGCUGGAAAAUAAUGUCAAUAUCACCAAAGUUGACAUUUCCCAUAACCUGAUACGAGGGAGAGGGAUUACCGCCUUCUCUAACAUGCUGGAAUCCAACUACACAUUGAAGACCCUUUGUUUGCGAGCAAAUCACCUGACUGAUAAGGAUGCCAUCCCCUUAGCAGAGGCACUGAGGAACAACGCCACACUUACAGAGCUUGACUUGAGUUAUAAUGAACUAGGAGAGAUGGCUGGGGUACAUCUGGGAUCAGGACUGGCAGUGAAUGAUGGAUUAAAUUACCUAGAUCUGAGAUGGAAUGCUGUAAGGAACAAGGGCAUUGCAGCACUGGCUAAUGCACUCAAGGUCAACACUAUUCUUGAGGUUCUCGACCUUUCAAACAAUGGCAUGUCAGUCCCAGGAUGCAUUGCGCUCAUGAGAGCACUCAAGCUGAACACAGGUCUUCGAAUCCUAAAUCUAAGUUAUAAUCAUAUCAAUAGUAUAGGAGCUCAGAAGCUAUCCAUCGGAAUAAAAAAGAACACUCGCUUAGCAGCACUCCUGCUAACUUCGAACCCCAUUGGAGAUGAAGGAAUGGUUGCACUGUGUAAAGCUUUCAAACUGAAUCCCACCUUGAGAUUAGUAGCAGUGCAGAACAUCCCGAUGCCUUUGAUUAUUCAUCAGAAGAUUCGGGAUGUAAUGGAGUCUAAGGAUAUCCAUGUUCUCAAGCUGGAUGUAGAUGGACAUAAACGCAACGUACCUCCAAGUCAUGUAGCAGCCAUGGUUGAUAAGUUCAUCUGCGACAACCAGUCCAGGAUCUUGAGCCAUUGUCUAGCCCAGGACAUUGAAACGACUGGAAACCUGUCGGUUGUUCAGAUCAAGAAGGCUCUGUGGGACUCGGGACUGGAUGUCAGUGAAGAGCAGCUAGAUACAGCACUCAAACAAACCAAAGUGAUUCAACACAGAGCUGUGCCAUAUAGACCCAUGUUGGAUGGCCUAUCUGCACUGCUCAUGCUACCUAGCUGGAAGGCACCUACUAGCAGAGCAACAAGUAGGAUCACUUAAUUUUUAAAGACUCCCUCCCCCACUUGUUUUAAGAACGUGUAUCUUCCCGUCUUUCUGCCUAGUGAUUUAUGGAGUGUGAGCGAACUUAAUCAUGCAAGCUACUGCUACACAUAUUUUCAGGUUUGGGGUCGCACAUUGCUAUUAUUAAUGGUGAGAUCAGUUACAUUUAUGCUACGCAGUCAGGUUUUGUGCACCAACUCCGCUCUUUCAGAAGCCUUUAUGCACCAAAGCAUAUUUAAGUAUAUCAAUGACAUUUUCAACCUUGAAACUGUGUUUACUGGUACUUGUACAUUCCUGCCUAUGUUUUAGCCUGUUUUCACACGCACCUGACUUAUUUCUAUAAUACAUCUUUAUUUCCUUGCCUGGAUUAUGAAAACUAAUAUAAUAUUUUUUAAUUACAGAUAUUGUACAAAAUGAUGCAUGCGAAUGAGUUCAUUUAAAAAUCUAUCCGCACUCGAGUUGAGGCUUUAUGCAUCCAUCACACAAAGCCAUUAGGCUUUGAUAGAUAGGUGCACAUACAGCCUCAACAAGAGCUAAUAUUAGAGCUGAUAGAUCCUGUAAUGAACGAAUGAAACAUGCAUCAUUUGUUCUUUACAACAAAACUCCUAGAUCCUUAUUAUUUGAUGUAAAAUAAAUAAAUUUCCAAUUUUUUGGGGUAAUUAUCGUUCAAAAAUAAAGCCCAAUUUUAUUAUGCUUACUUUAACCCAUAAACAAUAAUAUUAUAAGCCCAUUAACCUCUACAUGCACUGCUGCUCAUUGCAUAAUUAAAAAUUGUUAGUCUCAGUAAAUGAAUGACACAUUUUUAAUACUUCGUUUGACCAAUCAUUUGAUUAGGAUCUAGAUGUGAGUUGUAAAGUUUUAUUUAUUUUCAUAUUGUUUUAAAACGAGUAUACUUUGUUCCAUUCAUGACAUUCAAUUCUUGAAUGUUGUUUCCUUUACUUGAUCUCUCAUGAAAUAUGUACUUUACCUUGAAUAAAUGUGCCAGAAGUAUUUGAGAAUGUGCCAUAAUGAAAAGCUAGAAUUUUUAUUUGGUACCUCACCUUGAUUAUAUUCAUUUCAUUCAAGUUUGCUCUGUAUGUAUUUAACAUAUUUGUGUAUGAGGCAUACAGUAAAAGAGAAACUUCCAGUUUAAAGAAGAGAACGUAAAUGCUUUUUGUUCAUCAUUUCCUUUUGGGUGUGGGGAUACAUUAAUAAAGUUGAAUUAUAAGAAAUGAAAGAGGAAUUACAUAACAUGAACAAGCCAGGGGUUAUAUGUAGUAAGGUACAUUUGUAGAAAUGUGUACAGUCUUAUAGAAAUACUAAAUCUGAUGACAAAAUAUGGACACUUGUCUGUAAUACCGAUACUCAAAUUGUAACUAAACUAGAGAAAAAUGAAAUGAUAGGUUUUCAUGUAAAAAGUGAAGGUAAACAGAAUGUGCCAUCAAAGGAAACCAUAUAUGUCAUUUCAUUUUCUACUAUAACACUGAGGUUUUCUUUUCGGAUGUUUUUUAAAUUUCAUAUCAAACUUGUACUCCUACUUAAUGACAAACAUUGUUGCCAAUGAGAAUUAUGAGAGUAUAUGUCUUGCCAUUUGUAUGCUACCAAGCUGAUUAUACAGCUGUCAGAAAUGUGAAAUGUUGAUUGAUACUUAAAGAAUAUUUUGUUUGAGUUUUAGCUUUACUGAUUGAUCUGGUUGUAGUUUUGUACUGUACAUUUGCAUUCUUCGAUUGAAUAUAUUAUCCUUUUUUUUAUAUAGAAAGAGAUGUAUACAUGUAUUUUUGAUGAUGGGUUGUGAAACAAUAAUAUAAGAUAAGAUCAAAGUGUAAUGAGGGGCAAUUUUUAAGGAAGGAAGGGAAAUCUGAUUAAUUGAUUUUGCUUUUUAGUAGACAAGAUUAAUCUUAACCUUGAUUUUCAUUACAUUAAAAACACAAUUGCAAACACCUUCAUGAAAUUGAUCAAUUUUAACUUUGCACAGACCUUUCAUU